GAGAGAGAGAGAGACCCAUAGCACCACUUAUAGAGAUACAAAAGAGCUUAGUCUUCCACCAUACAAACUCACUAACCAACCUCUCUAGAAAAACCACCCACCCAACUCCGCUCUCAUUCCCCCUUCCUCUCUUUCUCUUCUCCAUCCAUCUUUCUUCUAUUCUAUGAUGGCUAUGGUGAUGGACCAACAGCAGCAGCCACAGCAGCAGCAGGUCUACAAGCACUACUGCCGGGUCUGCAAGAAGGGAUUCGGCUGCGGCCGUGCGCUUGGUGGCCACAUGCGAGCCCACGGCAUCAACGACGACGCGCCCGGCGGCCAUGCCGACCCCGAUGACGACCCCCCUUCGAGCGAAUGGGAUGACAAGCUCAAUCCACCCGGUGGCCACAGGCGCAUGUACGCCCUCCGCACCAACCCCAACCGCUUCAAGAGCUGCCGCGUCUGCGAGAACUGCGGCAAGGAGUUCCUCUCCUGGAAGUCCUUCCUCGAGCACGGCAAAUGCAGCUCCGGGGAGGACGCCGGCGACGACUCCCUCGCCUCGUCCCCUCGAUCCGAUGCCGACGCCGACGACCCCGUCCGAGGGUGCGCGGGCUGGUCGAAAGGGAAGCGGUCGCGCCGGGCCAAGGCGGUCGUGCCUGUCUGCCCGCCCAGCGAGGAGGAGGACCUUGCCAAUUGUCUCGUGAUGCUGUCGGCCGCUCGUGUUGACCCGAUGGUCAUCGUCGAGCCCGAGGAGUCGUGCGCCUCCGCCAGCAAGGAAGAAGACCGGCGGCAGCACCCGAUCACGAUCGCCGCCACCACCGACAAGUCUAAAGCCCCCGCCCCGGCCGUGCCGAGAGGAAUGUUUGAGUGCAAGGCUUGCAAGAAGGUCUUCAGCUCCCACCAGGCCCUCGGCGGCCACCGGGCCAGCCACAAGAAGGUCAAGGGCUGCUUCGCCGCCAAGCUCGACGACCUCGACGAGGCCCCGCCCGACGACGAGGUGAUUACUCAUGAUAACAACAGCAACGGCGAGAUGGCGAUGGCGAUCGUGCCAUUCGACAACCCGCCGCUGGCCGUGACGCCGCUCAAGAAGAAGUCGAAGGUGCACGAAUGCUCGAUAUGCCACCGGGUGUUCGCGUCAGGACAGGCGCUUGGCGGGCACAAGCGGUGCCACUGGAUCACAUCGAACGCACCGGAUGCUGGUGCGGUUGCGAAGCUCCACCCGCUGCCGCCCGACCAUGCCUCCGCGGGCCUCCACCCCCAGUUGAUGCUGACGCCCAUGUUCCAGAGCUCGGACGCGCUCGACCUCAACCUCCCGGCCCCAAUUGAGGAGGACCCGGCUGGGGUCCGGCAGGACAUCAGAAGCUCGUUGCUGCUUCAUAUGCCAUCAUCACUAUAUCUAAAGCCAUGGAUUGACCAGAGCAACACCAACACCAACAUCGACAAGAACAAAGCCACUUCUCCCAGCAACAGCAACAAUAACAACAACGUGAUCAACAGCAGCAGGGAUCACAACGACGAAGCAAUUACUAAUGCGAGUGUGGAUGAGGAGGCGGACAGCAUGGUCAAGCUAGCGAAGCUGAGUGACCUCAAGGACAUCAACAUGGGAGGGGAGAGCUCUCCUUGGUUGCAGGUGGGAAUUGGGCCAUCUACCAAUAAGAGCAGCGAACCAUGAGGAAAAGGAAAGGAAAUCUAAUUCCAUUUUCAGGAACUUUAUGUUGUACAAGGUGACUGUAAUUACAAGUCCAACUCAUUGGAAUUUUUUGAUUUUUUUUUUUUGUUGUUUUUUCAUCUGUUUAAAGAUCGUGUAAUUAUUUUUUCAAACAAUUUUUUUUGUGAUUAAUGGAGGCCAAUCUCUUGAGGCCAUAUGAUCGACUGAUCUGGCAACUGUUUUAAAUAAAGAAAAGGAUUCUUUUUA